GCGGGGCUUUGCGGACGCACGCACGUCGGGGUGCUGCUGCCCGGAGCUGCGGAGGCUGCGGGCUUCGUCUGCGGCGGCUGCUUAGGCGGCGGCCAGGCUCGCGGCUGGAGGUUGGAGAGAAAUCCAGGUACUCAGUUGACCAGUCCUUUCUGCCGCCAUGGGGGAGCUUUUCCGGAGUGAGGAGAUGACACUGGCCCAGCUUUUUCUACAGUCAGAAGCUGCUUAUUGUUGUGUCAGUGAAUUAGGAGAACUCGGAAAGGUUCAGUUUCGUGAUUUAAAUCCAGAUGUGAACGUUUUCCAGCGGAAAUUUGUGAAUGAAGUUAGAAGAUGUGAAGAAAUGGAUCGAAAGCUUCGGUUUGUUGAGAAAGAGAUAAGAAAAGCUAAUAUCCCAAUUAUGGACACUGGUGAAAACCCAGAGGUGCCCUUCCCCCGGGACAUGAUUGACUUAGAGGCCAAUUUUGAGAAGAUUGAAAAUGAACUGAAGGAAAUCAACACAAACCAGGAAGCUCUGAAGAGAAACUUCCUGGAACUGACUGAAUUAAAAUUUAUACUUCGCAAAACUCAGCAGUUUUUUGAUGAGGCUGAAUUGCAUCAUCAGCAGAUGGCGGAUCCAGACCUGUUGGAAGAAUCCUCAUCCCUCUUGGAGCCAAGUGAGAUGGGAAGAGGCACACCUUUAAGACUUGGCUUCGUGGCCGGUGUGAUUAACCGGGAGCGCAUCCCUACUUUUGAGCGCAUGCUUUGGCGGGUGUGCCGGGGGAAUGUGUUCCUGCGUCAGGCUGAGAUCGAGAACCCCCUGGAGGAUCCUGUGACUGGAGACCACGUGCACAAGUCUGUGUUCAUCAUUUUCUUCCAAGGCGAUCAGCUGAAAAACAGAGUCAAGAAAAUCUGCGAAGGGUUCCGGGCCUCACUCUAUCCCUGUCCUGAGACGCCACAGGAGAGGAAGGAGAUGGCUUCUGGAGUUAAUACCAGGAUUGACGAUCUCCAAAUGGUUCUGAAUCAAACAGAGGAUCACCGUCAGAGGGUUCUGCAGGCAGCUGCUAAGAACAUCCGUGUCUGGUUCAUCAAGGUGCGGAAGAUGAAGGCCAUCUACCACACUUUGAACCUGUGCAACAUAGAUGUGACCCAGAAGUGCCUGAUUGCAGAGGUCUGGUGUCCUGUCACUGACCUUGACUCCAUCCAGUUUGCGCUCAGAAGGGGCACGGAACAUAGUGGUUCCACCGUGCCCUCCAUCCUGAACAGGAUGCAGACAAACCAGACCCCCCCAACCUAUAACAAAACCAACAAGUUCACCUGUGGCUUUCAGAACAUAGUGGAUGCUUAUGGAAUUGGAACUUACCGAGAGAUAAAUCCAGCUCCGUAUACCAUCAUCACUUUCCCUUUCCUAUUUGCUGUGAUGUUUGGGGACUUUGGCCAUGGCAUUUUGAUGACCCUUUUUGCUGUAUGGAUGGUGUUAAGGGAGAGCCGGAUCCUCUCCCAGAAGAAUGAGAAUGAGAUGUUUAGCACUGUGUUCAGCGGCCGGUACAUUAUUCUGUUGAUGGGAGUGUUCUCCAUCUACACUGGCCUCAUCUACAAUGAUUGUUUUUCCAAGUCUCUUAAUAUCUUCGGGUCAUCCUGGAGUGUGCGGCCGAUGUUUGAUGAAUAUAAUUGGACGGAUGAGACGCUUCGGGGGAACCCUGUCCUCCAGCUGAACCCAGCUGUCCCUGGAGUUUUCGGUGGGCCAUAUCCUUUUGGCAUUGAUCCAAUUUGGAACAUUGCUACCAAUAAACUGACCUUCCUCAACUCCUUUAAGAUGAAGAUGUCUGUUAUCCUUGGUAUCAUCCACAUGAUGUUUGGAGUCACCCUGAGCCUUUUCAACCAUAUCUAUUUCAAGAAGCCCCUGAAUAUCUACUUUGGAUUUAUUCCAGAAAUAAUCUUCAUGACCUCUUUGUUUGGCUAUUUGGUUAUCCUUAUUUUUUACAAGUGGACAGCCUAUAAUGCUGACACAUCUGAGAAAGCACCAAGCCUUCUGAUCCAUUUCAUAAACAUGUUCCUCUUUUCCUAUGGGGACUCUAGUAAUUCGAUGCUGUAUGCUGGACAGAAAGGAAUUCAGUGUUUCCUGGUAGUGGUUGCACUUCUGUGUGUCCCUUGGAUGCUGCUGUUUAAACCACUGGUCCUUCGCCAUCAGUAUUUGAGGAGGAAGCAUUUGGGAACUCUCAACUUUGGUGGGAUCAGGGUGGGCAACGGACCGACAGAGGAGGAUGCUGAGAUUAUUCAGCAUGACCAGCUCUCCACCCAUUCAGAGGACGCAGAGGAGUUUGACUUUGGAGACACCAUGGUCCACCAGGCCAUCCACACCAUUGAGUACUGCCUGGGCUGCAUCUCCAACACUGCCUCCUACCUGCGGCUCUGGGCCCUCAGCCUUGCUCAUGCACAGCUGUCUGAGGUGCUUUGGACCAUGGUGAUCCACAUCGGCCUGCGUGUGAAGAGCUUGGCGGGAAGUUUGGCCCUGUUCUUUAUCUUCGCCGCCUUCGCCACCCUGACUGUGGCCAUCCUCCUGAUCAUGGAGGGCCUCUCAGCCUUCCUCCACGCUCUCCGGUUACACUGGCCCACCUGUGGCCUUCAAGUGACGGCGUCUUCCCACGUCCUCAUGUAUGAGCCCAAGGAAGUGACGCGUGGCGAGAGAGAGCGGGCUUCAGAAUCGGGUGACCUGAGUUCAAAUUUCAACUCCGCCGGCACUGGCUGGGGGACUCUGCGGAAAGCACUUACUUCUCUGAACCUCACUUUCUCUCACGUGAAAGGAGAGGAUAAUGUCCGUGUGAUAAGGUUGCUGUGAUUAAAUAGGAAAUAAUGCACAGACCAAGUGACUGUCACAGUGCCUGGGCACAACAUAAACCUGUGAUCAAGUGCAGGUGCGGCUGCCCUGCAGAGAGGGCCAUGGCCCUGUAAACAUCUGCUUUCAGUCUGUUAGAGAGAAGGGAGGCCCCAGGGAGAGGCAUCUGAUACGACUUGAACGCCUCGCAGAUGUAGUUUGCAAGGAAUAGGCUCAUCAAACAUAUUGCACUUGCAGGGUGGUGGCGGCUGUUGUUUGGUAGUGGAGAUAUUGGCUAGAAGAGAAAAAACAGUGAAAACUCCUUCAUGCGACUUUCGGAAUCCCGUCACUGGGGGCCUCUCCCCCACCACCAGAAAGGAGAGAAUGAAAUCGGUGCUUGUGCACCCCCUCCUGGCCAGGCGUGGACAUGCCUGGAGGGUGCUGCGUCUUCUCAGUCCAGCAGGACUGCAGGAAUUCCGAGCUGUGGCCAUCCUCUGAGGGGUGGGAACAGCUGGGCCCGCUGAAAAUGGCUGCAGGGACCUUGCUGUGAUUUUUUUCUGGCGUCCAGCCCGGGCACCUUCAUACCUGUCACUUUACCCCUGGUGUUCAGCUGGGGUUUGCUGAUUCUGGUGUGAGGCCUGUCCCAUUACACAAGUUCUGGGUCUCUUUUGUAGGGACAAGAAGAAAAACAUCUGAUUUGAUAACAAGGAUAAACCACAGGUCACAAGGAGGCGGGCGACAUCUGAAAACAGCAGUGAGCAGGUUCACACGCCCGCCUGCUGAUUCAGUCUCCUCCUGAGUUAUGUCUGUCUCUUUUCCUGCCACCGACUGCGUGCAGUGUGCUUGGCCUUCUUGGCUACCGUAAUGAGAUGUCUUCUCUUCCUCAGAAGAGGCAAAGGCAGGGGUGUAAUUUGUGGCUGUAACUGUGGACACCAGACUGCUGUUGACAGAAAGACUGUUGCCCCUUGGCCUGCCUUCACAGGAGCCUCAUCCCUUCCUACCUAGCACAUUCCACGUGCGCACUCACAGACUGGGGGCUAAAGGGACAGAUUUGGGACCAAUCUGUUGUAAGGGAUGCAGUGGUGCCACAGCAGGACAGCGCGGGGUAGCUGAGGGGUGGCUGCCUAGGAGACCGAGAACGUCGGAGUUGCGGCCCCAGGCCGACCUCACGUCCCGCAUGUGGGCCAUCAGCCGCCGUGUGCCCCAGGCCCGGCGCUGCUCAGACAGGGGCAGAACCAUCUUCCUAAGACUGCCUCUGCCGGUCACACCCCCACCGGAAAGGGAAGAGGCCUGGGCCUUCCCCCCUUCAUUCACUCAAGAAAACAAAGUUUCCGUCGUGUAGCAGGAGUGCUCUCUCUGUGGACUCCCAGUUAGUCCUUCUGGGCCACCGGGUGGCCUUUGGCAGGUGGGGGAGCUGGCAGGGGUAACAGAGAACCCCACCUGACUGCCUGAGGCUCUCCUCACAUGAUGGCUGUGUCCCUCUCUGAGCAGUGCCGGG